AUGUAUCGCCCAAAAUUAGCGCUGAUCACCCGGAUAGCUCGGCCGGCCACUUCAGCACUUCCAGCUUGCAUCUACCAUGGCAGACCGUCGAUUUCUACCUCAACAGUUAGCGAAGCGAUGAAACGCCCUCUACCGCCAGGACCGGCAAGACGCCGAAUUCCCGGAGUGCCAGCAGAUCGCGGAGGAUAUGAUAUUGAUGACCUCGUUCAGCCAAGGCCCGUCAAGCCGCCGCGGAUCGACGGGAAGCGGGAACCAGAUUAUAGCACUGGGCUCGACUCGGUUAUAGAGGUGGCAUUAUGUUUGGACGAAUUCUCGAGACGGCCAAUGAUUCGUGAAUUGGCCCUAGAGCAUGGUCUGGGAGACAAAUUGUUUAUGCAGGCCUACCGCUCGUUCAAGGAUUUUUGCCUGCAAAAGGACGCCGUGUUGGAGCCGGCACUGCUCGUCACGCUUCAUGACAUCAUCAAAGAUGGCCAUGACGUUGAUAACCUCUAUCAGUUCUUCUUGGCCCACGCGAAAAAGGUGUUCCCGCACAUCGAGGCGAUGAACGAGCUGAAGAUGAUCUCCGACCUCACCCAGCCGCAUAAUUGGUACCCCGAUGCCCGAACGAUCCAACGGAAAAUCAUCUUCCACGCCGGGCCCACCAACUCGGGCAAGACGUAUAACGCUUUGAAGAGAUUUCGCGAGGCAAAAUCCGGGAUUUAUUGCGGUCCGCUGAAGCUACUGGCCGCCGAGGUGUUUCAGAAGACAAACGACGCGGGGGUAAAAUGCGAUAUGGUGACCGGAGAAGAGCGAAGAUUUGCGAUCGACAACCAGCACCCUUCUGCCCAUAUCUCAUCGACUGUUGAAAUGCUGGCUACCACAAUGAGGGUCGAGGUAGCAGUAAUUGAUGAGAUUCAAAUGUUGCGCGACGAGCAAAGAGGCUGGGCCUGGACGCGAGCGCUACUUGGCGUGGCUGCUGAUGAGGUCCACCUCUGCGGCGAGCCAGCGGCCGUCGAAAUGGUACGCCGGCUACUCGAACCGAUGGGCGAAACUGUGGAGGUCCACGAAUACAAGCGCAUGUCGGGCCUGCAAAUCGCCCGCGAGGCCGUGCAAACUGUCGAUCGUGUGCAACCUGGCGACGCGAUCGUGUGUUUCUCGAAGCGCCAAGUAUUCAGCUUUGUCAACCUCUUGGAGAAGAAGGGGAUAAAGCCUGCCAUCAUCUACGGCGAUUUACCUCCCGGCACGAAGCUGGCCCAGGCGGCGCGCUUCAACGACCCCAACGAUGAUUGUGACGUUUUGGUCUCCACCGACGCCAUUGGCAUGGGCCUAAAUCUGAACAUCAAGCGCGUCAUUUUUGCGGCGCUGACCCGGAUGGGGGAGUUGAUCCCGAAUUAUCAGGCUCUGCAAAUUGCCGGAAGGGCUGGACGGUAUGGAACCCAUUAUGCCGAUGGUGUCGCCACGACGUUUCGACCCGAAGAUAUUGGCACGCUUCGAGAGCUGUUGGAAACGACGGUUCCACCCAUCGAUGCUGUCGGCAUUUCGCCGACUUACGAGCAGCUCGAGACGUUCUCCUUCCAUUUGCCGCAAGCCUCCUUUGUGAAACUACUCGAUCUAUUCGUGUCCGUUUGCAGCGUAACUGACCAUUUCUUCAUAUGUACCGUGGAGCAAAUGCGCGAGCUCGCUUUGCUGAUCGACUACAUCAUUUUGCCGUUGAAGGUCCGAUACACGUUCUGCGUGUGCCCGUUGUCGAUGGACUCGAAGCUCAAUCAGACGACGAUCGUCAAGAUGGCCAGGCGAUUCUCGUCCGGGCAGCCGUUGACCGCCGACUGGUUGCUGAACACGGUGCUCGAUCAGACCGAGUGGCCACCGGCAGUCCCGAAUACACUCGCGGAAUUGGAGCAUUUGGAAAAUCUCUUCGAAAUCAUGGACACGUAUCUGUGGUUUUCGUUGCGUUUCCCGGAUAUGUUGCCCGACGAGGAGGUGAUACGCGCGGCAACGCGGCAGCUGGAUCCGAUAAUCCAAGAAGGUGUCGAGAAUCUGGUCAGCCGAUACGCCCACGAGGGAAAAGAGGGAUCCCAGCGCCAAAAAUGGAAGGCAAAGGAGCAGACGCAAAAGGAAGAAAAAGUCUGGGAGCGGAUUAUCAAGAAGUCCGAGCACAAAGCUCCUGCUCAGGAGCCGCAGCUGCGCAGCGAUGUUGCCGCCCAAUUGGAAAAAGACGCUGCCGGAGGGUUGAGCCAGUUUUCCAAGCGGCGCACCUCGAAAAGUUCGGCGAUCCUCGAAAAAGCGCGCGCCUAUCUUUCGCCCGAAGAACUGGAGCAUCUGAAGCAAGCGAUGAAAAGGGAA